UCAAAAAUGUGUUCAAAUUUUGUUUAUUUUAUUCUAAUUUUAAUAGUAUUUGGUAAUAUUAGUGGAAAGAACCUUCCUGGAACUAAAAUAAAAUAUUGUGGAGACCGUUAUGAACAGUGGAUAAAUAAGAUAUGCAAAUGGCCCGGUGAAUACGAUCCGUGUCUUCAACUUCACCUUAACACAAAAGACCGCAUUAAAAACAAAUGUUGUAAUGUUGGUUGCAACAUAGAGGAGACGAAAGAAGCAUGUUGCUUUACACAAGAAUGCCUAAAUCGUUGCUAUCCUGGGAAGUCAUAUAUUGCGGGGGAUGUAUUUUGA